UCGCCCCCUCCGCCUCGCGCCAACGGCGGCUCCCCAGGCGCGGCCCGCCCCCUCCACGCCCCUUCUCAGCUCCCCGAGCUCUCCACGUGCAAGCCCCGCCCCUUCCGCCGCCUUCCGCGGCGGCUCCCGGGACUCCAGCCGCACGUGGUGUCGUCUCCAUGGCGACGAGGCGUCCACAGCUCGCUGCUCCGACACCCGAGCGAACCUCCAGCCGGGCCGGCCUUCGCCGACUGCCUUUCAGAUGAUCCGCUUGAGAGGGCCCCAAGCGGGUAAGAGGCGCCGCGGCAACUGCGGGUCUCCCUCUCCCGGUCCCCGCGUGCAGCCGGACUCGUCUCUCGCCUCGGACCAUCCAGGCCCGGCGCCUGGCUCCGCAAACUUUUGUCCACCCUCCAGGUUUGGGCUCUGCGGCCCCUCGGCUGCCAGGCGGCACGCGAGCAGAUUUGGCCCUACAUUUUGUAUUCCAGAAAUCCCUAGGAAUUAUCUAGAUAAGACAGAUGCUGUAAAGGCACCAAAAUAUAGACAGAAUGGCAAGUUGCUGGUGUUUGAUCGAAAGGGAAGGAAGUCUCUUCAAAAAAUACUGAAAAUAAAGUCUUUUUAAAGAAUACUGAAAAUAGAGUAUCUUCAAAGAAUAUUGAACAUA